AUGGUGACAUUCUGCGUCCUCGUCGCACCGCUCCCAUACACCGUGAAGAAAAACGUCUUCUCCUUCCUCUCCGAAUCCAAAAUCGUAGCCAAAAUCGCGUAUGGACUCAAAAUCUCUUUCAUUUUCGUUGCAAUUUUGUUCGCGGACGCCGUACAGCGCAUGUUCCGCGUUACAGCCGAGUCGGAUAUGGCGAAGCAUAGACAAGGCGUUGUACAGGAUAUCCGUACCGACACGGGUAUCGCAGCCAGAAAGUUCUACGCCCAGCGUAACGUCUACCUGACGGGCUUCUGCCUCUUCCUCUCACUUGUCCUCACGCGCACGUUCUACAUCAUCCUCGAUCUCUUGCAUACACAGGAAGAGUACAUCAAACUAAAGGCUUCGAAGGCUCCCGCGACAAAGGAUCAAGCCAGCGAGAUCGCCGCACUGAAAAAAGAGCUCGCUGAAGCAAGGGCUAAAGUUCGCGAUUAUGAUAUCCUGAAGAAACAGGCUGCGCAGAAUCAUGCCGAAUACGACCGGCUCGCUACGGAGCUUAACGAGCUAUCGGGGAACAAGUCGGACAAACGCCGAGAUUGA